CAAUCCGGGAAUUUCUGUCCAUUGUCUGUGAAUAAAUAACCGCCCACUUUCUUUAGAUUUAAGACCAUGUUCAAGUGUUCGCAGAUCCGCACUAGUUACAUUAUGUAAGGAUGGGAAGCCUUAACAUUUAUGGUGGACAAACAAUAAUCGUAGGAGAUGGCAAUACUAUUCAAUUUCUUGAUAGAUAUUCCUCCUUACAAGUCGAGGCUCACAACACGAAUGAUCAUGUUGGCAUCUCUGUUGAAGAGAGCCAAGAAUCAGAUCUUAUUGGAAAUAUCACCAAUGGUUAUGUGCUUAUCAUCAACAAUUACUCCUCUCUCUACCCUUCUGACUUUACCAGCGAAAACUUCGAGGUACUUCAAGACUUUGGCCUCGAUCCAGUGAUUCUACGCAAAGAUCUGAACACAGCAGAAAUGUUUGAAGUCCUCAAAGAAACAUCGGAGAAAGAUUUCACCGAGUUUGACUGCUUUAUUUGUGCAAUCGCCGCAAGUUACAGUACAUCAGACGAAAUGAUUAUGGGACAUGAAGACGAGGAAGCCAUCCAUAUUGAUAUUUUGCUUGAUUUUUUCCUGACGGUCCCCUCUCUAAAGAACAAACCCAAAGUGUUUUUGAUUCAAACAAUUCAAGUCCCUCGACCUAACGACAGCAUCUGCACACCUUCUGCAACUAACGCGGGCGCAAAAGGAACAAGUGUUGAAAUUCAAACAGCCAAGAAGCCGCAAAGAAACCUUCUUUCACCUGCAGAUUCAAACCUUUUGGUUUGUCAAGCCACUCUUCCUUUGUGCGAGCCAGUGGCGACAGAAAACUCUUUCUGUGGGUUGUUAAAGUUUGUCGUGGAUGUGUUUCAAAGCCAUGCUGACAAAGAACACAUCAUGGAUAUGAUAACUAGAGUCAACAGUCAAAUCACCCAAUCAGCUUCAAACAUUAAAGUUCGGUGUUUACACGCCUGCAGCAAGAAGUUUUAUUUUCUUCGUCCAUGGCAGCACAGGAAAUAAAGACUUGAACUUAGUUACUCUGCUAAUUAUUCAAAACCUCGUAGUGUAAAUGAUUGACUGAGUCGGGAAAACAUGCUGAACUAACGUCACGAGUACAUAUGGUAAUUAGGUUGACCGGAACUUACGUACUUCUGGUUGACUGGGUCGGGCAAACUGAAAUGAAAGCGGACUAAAAAAGAGACGAAUCCAGUAAAUUAGAUAAAGCCAAAUUGUAAUAUUAGAUAGGCUUUCCACCACGUUCCUAGUGCUGAGAUAAAAUACUCACGGACAUUUUCUAUAUACAACAUAAAAACAAAUAUAGGCGCACAAAUUUACCUUAUUGACAAUUUAUGUUAAAAUUUUAUAGAAAUAGUACAUGGCAUAAGCAUAUUAUAUGUUUUUACCUAAUAUAUCGCUCUAAGUUUGUAUAUCUUUUUUAUAUGACUUUUAAUUGUCUUAAUUAUUAUCAUUAUUAUUUACUAUAUCUUGUAAAGCUUUAGAAAUAAUUAUAACAAAUAUUUCAUGCGAAUAAAACCAUU